AUGCGAAGAGAAACAAGACGGCACAGAGAGCUAGAAGAAAAACUUCAGAAACUUGAAGCCGACCUCAAAACCCAGACUGCUCGAUCCAACCGAGAAGCUAGUCCUCAUAAGGAACAGGACCCAUUCACGGAGGAAAUCAUGAAGGCAAAAGUCCCCAAAGACUUCAAAGCCCCCGACAUGACCCUAUAUGACGGGACAUCCGAUCCAAGCCACCAUCUCAGCAACUUUAUAAGUCGAAUGUACCUCACGGAUACCUCGGACGCAACUCGCUGCAAAGCCUUCUCGACCACUCUCACCAAGACAGUUAUAAAGUGGUUCGAAAACCUACCUCCAAGGUCGAUCACCAGCUUCGAUGAUCUCACCAAAAAGUUUCUAUCCAGGUUCUCCAUUCAAAAAGACAGCCAAACAUGCUCCAAGUCUACUCGGAAUCAAACAAGGGGAAAGGAGAGCCUCCGGAACUAUAUGGAAAGAUUCAAUAAAGCAUGCCUUGACAUACAAAAUCUCUCAACAGAAGCAGCUAUCAUGGGACUCAUCAACGGCCUACGAAAAGGACCCUUCAGCCAAUCCAUAUCCAAGAAACACCUCACGUCCUUGAACGAAGUACAAGAACAGGCCGAGAAAUACAUUAACAUGGAGGAAAACACCCGACUGGGAGAAACCUCGAAGACCGAAUUCUCCUACCCCUCCCGGGACAAGGACAAAGAGCCAAGAAAGAAGGAGGAUCAACCCACAGAGAAGCUCAGAAAAUACCAUAACCACACCCCUCUUCGGGGGCUCGACCUCCUCGGACCGUUCCCCCAAGGAUCAUGGCAAGUCAAAUUCCUCAUCGUAGGAAUAUGGUACUUCACAAAAUGGAUCGAAGCAGAACCAUUGGCCACCGCCACCUCCCAAAGAAGUCAAAAGUUCCUGUACAGAAACAUUGUCACAAGGUUUGGGAUUUCCCACUCCAUCACCAUGGACAAUGGGACCCAGUUCACUGAUACAGGUUUCAAGAACCUGGUAGCUGAUCUAAAAAUCAAGCACCAGUUCACUUCAGUGGAACACCCACAAGCCAAUGAAUAA